CAAAGACAACAGCUCUCAGGAAGGGCUGUCACCCUGGAGCUGCCGAGGGACAGUCUCCCGGCUCUGAAUUAAAACCUUCUGCUCACGAUGGCGCUGGCCAUGAAGGUGCUGGUGGUGCUGGCUCUGGGGAUGGACCUCUGGCCUUGCUCAGGUUUCCCCGUGUACGACUAUGAUCCCUCCUCCCUGCGGGAAGCCCUCAGCGCCGCGGUGGCCAAAGUGAACGCCCAGUCCCUGAGCCCGUACCUGUUCSGCGCCUUCCGAAGCUCCGUGAAAAGAGUCAAUGUUCUGGAUGAGGACAACGUGAUCAUGGAUUUAGAGUUCAGCAUUCGGGAAACUACGUGCUUGAGAGAUUCUGGAGCAGAUCCCUCUAGCUGUGCCUUCCGGAGGGGCCACUACAUGCCCGCGGCUGCCUGCAGGAGCACAGUGCKGAUGUCGGGCCUGCAGGCGCAGGAGGCGUGGGCUCACUGCCGCUGGCCCUCCACAUCCGAGUCUGACAGCAGCGAAGAGAUGAUUUUUGGGGACAUGAUGAGGUCCUAUAGGUGGAGAAACAAUUAUCUACUUGGUCUCAUUCCUGAGGAACCCAGAAAUGAGCAAUAUUAUGAUCCGUCGCUUGACCUGAGAAGGAGUUUCCCUCCUGGCAAUGGAAGGAGCCCGCGCUACCAGCCCAGACCGAGAGCCAACACUGGCUUCGAGUAACGGCCCUGAGAGUAUCAUAACUGGUCAAGUUGAGCGGAAGGAAUGAAGGAGCACCUGACCGAAAACAAGAUCGCCGUUUUCAAAUUGCCAGUGAAGUUUUCCCUCUGGGGAACUCUCUGGGGCCUGAGACUUGGCUCAUUUAUCAUGGAGUCCCCAGGCCUGACCCAG